AUCAAGUUUUUGUGAACUAAUCCGCAGUGAAAGAACAGUGUUAAGAAGUUGAGAAGUACACUCUACGACGAAGUUUUGUGGCUGACAGAGAAUUUUGCAGCCAUGGUUAAAGAUCCCAAUAAGCCGAGGGGGAAGACGUCCUCCUAUGCCUUCUUUGUACAAACGUGCAGGGAGGAGCACAAAAAGAAGCACCCGGGGACUUCUGUGAACUUCGCGGAGUUCUCCAAGAAAUGCUCAGAAAGGUGGAGGACCAUGUCCGCAAAGGAAAAAACAAAAUUCGAAGACAUGGCCAAGAGUGAUAAGGCUCGCUACGAGCGGGAGAUGAAGUCGUACGUGCCCCCUAAAGGUGCAAAAGGAGGGAAGAGGAAGAAGGACCCUAAUGCCCCCAAGCGGCCACCGUCCGCCUUCUUCGUGUUCUGCUCUGAGCAUCGUCCAAAAGUGAAGAACGACAACCCAGGAAUCUCCAUUGGAGACAUCGCCAAGAAACUGGGAGAGCUGUGGGCUAAGCAGUCGGCCAAAGACAAGGCUCCUUAUGAACAGAAGGCUGCAAAACUGAAGGAGAAGUAUGAAAAGGAUAUCGCAGCCUACCGCGCUAAGACCAAGGGAGAUGCAGGCAAAAAGGGGGGUCCUGGCAGGCCAGCUGGCAAGAAGGCUGAGCCAAUGGAUGAUGAUGACGAUGAGGAAGAAGAGGAUGAGGAGGAGGAAGACGAUGAGGAUGAUGAUGACGAAGAUGAUGAUUAGGGGCUGCAAAUUUGAGCCGGAUCAUUUACAAAACAAGAAUGUGAACUUAAAACGCAACACAUUGUUAGCAUUUGGAUUUUCAGAACAUGUACAGAAACGUGUAUAGCUGUGAUUGUACUGGGUUCAUAUGCCGUUUUGUAAAUUUAGUAGCCGAUCC